AUGGCCGUCGACGCAAUGGACCUCGACACCUCGCCACGGGCGACGAACGACGCAGAGCGCAAACGCAAGCACAAGAAGCACGACAAGCACGACGCCUCGCCAUCGAAGAAGCGCAAGUCCAGCUCAAAGGAGAAGAAAUCUUCCAAAAUCGAUGUUAGGGAUGACUCGCCAUUCUCCCUGACGACAGCUACGCUGUACCUCCCGCUGUCGCCCAUUUCCAUCUCGCCGACGCACGCCCUGGCCUCGUUGCUUGCAGAGCACCUCUCCCCGCUGCUCUUGACCUACUACCCGCCGCUGAAGGGAAUUGUGAUGGCCUAUUCGAAUGCCUCGAUCUCCAGUUCUCCUCCUUCCUCGAAUAAGCGCGAUUCGUCCGAUCUGAAUCCCCAGCCGCUGACCCUUGCUCGCACAGCGGACGAGUACGGCGUCCUCUUCGUCUAUUUGACAGCCACCUUCCUCGUCUUCCGUCCGCAGCGCGGACAGAUCUUGGACGGCCUGGUCAACGUGCAAUCGGAGGGUUUUCUCGGCGCCGUCGUCUUCAAUUUGUUCUCUGUCGGUAUCGAGCGCAAGCGUCUGCCGACGAAUUGGCGGUGGGUACCACCCGGCGAAGAAGAUGUGUCGACCGUGAAGGACACCACGACGGACGACGAGUCGGGGGCGGAAGGUGCGCCUGCGAGCUUUGAUGCGGAGAAGGAGCACUUUAAGCCUGCGGCUGUGGCGGAUGAGCUGGACCUUGAAGAAGGGGAGGACGGCGAGGGGGCCACUGGUCAUUUCCAAUCUGUUUCGGGUCACCGGGUGCGUGGGAGUGUUCGGUUCCGUGUUGUUGAUAUUGAUAUUAUCCCUGGGUUGGAGCGGAGUCAGGGAUUUUUGAGCAUUGAGGGGACGAUGUUGGAGCCGGAGGAGGAGGAGAAGCUUCUCAGGGAGGAGCAGCAGGGUCAGUCGCUGCCGUUCCAUUUUGCGGCUGCGGCGCGGCCGAGGAAGAUGCAGCGGGUUGUCCCGGUUUCGGUGGAGCCGGCUGAGGUGGUUUCUGUUGUUGAUGUUCCACUAGAAGAGGAGAAGCCGAAGAAGGAGAAGAAGGAAAAGAAGGAGAAGAAGGACAAGAAGGAGAAGAAAGAUAAAAAGGAUAAGAAGGAGAAGAAGGAAAAGAAGAGCAAGGAGUAG